AUGUCCAACAACGAUACAACGCCUGUGCGCUCACAGCACCGCUUCGAAGAAGCAAGACUGCGUAACUUCAUGAUGCAACAUGUAGAUGAUUUUCCUCAGCAAUCGAACGACUUUACUGUGCGACAAUACAGGUUUUCUGGCCAGUCAAAUCCUACAUUUUACAUCGCUGCUGGAGGAAAAGAGUUUGUUAUGCGAAAAAAACCUCCUGGAAAAUUAUUGCCAAAAGCUCACAUGGUAAACCGUGAAUAUCGUAUUCUGUCAGCACUAUAUUCAAUUGGAUAUCCUGUCCCGAAGCCGUUCGCAUAUUGCCAGGAUCCUUCUGUGAUUGGGACUGAAUUUUAUAUUAUGCAGCAUGUCAGGGGACGAAUAUUUCGUGACCCGGAAUUACCUGGAAUGACCCCAGGUCAACGUCAAGCCAUCUAUGCUGCUAUGAUGGGUGCACUCGCUAAAUUGCAUAGUAUUGAUUGGAGUAAGAUUGGCUUGGGAGACUUCGGGCCAACAACGAAUUACUCCAAGCGUCAGGUAUCUACCUGGAAUAAGCAAUAUAUCGCAUCAAAGACGAGUGAGGUAUCGGAGAUGGAUUAUUUAUUCAAAUGGUUAAGCAAUAAUAUCCCUGAAAAUGAAGGAAAAACUACAAUCGUACAUGGUGAUUUUCGGGUGGAUAAUAUGAUUUUUCAUCCUACUGAGCCUCGCGUUAUUGCUGUUCUUGACUGGGAAUUGUCUACUCUUGGUAAUCCUCUAAGUGAUGUAGCACUUCUAUAUUACCAUGCGAUUUCUUAUAUAAACGCGAGACUAAUUUUUUGUUUGAAUUAUUUUAUAGCUUUCAGCAAAAUACCAGGAAUUCCAACAGAGAAGGAACUCACUGAUACCUAUUGCUAUUAUCGUGGUUUAAAACCGCCUCUGCCAAAUUGGAACUUCUACUGUGCACUGUCCAUAUUCCGUAUGGUCGGAAUUACUCAGGGAGUUUACGCAAGAUCCAUUCAAGGUAAUGCUAGCUCUGAAACUGCCCAAACGUAUGGUAGAAUUGUACCUCUUGCAGCUAAGGCUGGAGUAAUUGCUGCGCUUUCAAAAUCAAGCGAAUUUACAGCUUUCGAUGAUAAUAAUGGUUCCUUUGGAAUACUGAAGCUAUCGUCUAGAACGCGAGAAUUACAAAAGCAAAUGAAAGAAUUUAUGAAGAAAUAUGUUUUCCCAGCCGAGCAAGUAAUCCAUGAACACUUGCAAAAUGCCUCAAAUCGAUGGACAGUCCUUCCUAUGGUUGAAGAACUCAAGACGAAAGCAAAGCAGGAAGGCCUUUGGAAUUUGUUUUUGCCUGGAGCAUCAGGACUGUCACAAGUGGAAUAUGCUACAUUAGCAGAAAUAACGGGUUGGUCAGAUUUCGCUCCUGAAAUUUUCAAUUGCAACGCUCCAGAUACUGGAAAUAUGGAAGUUUUGCAUUUAUACGGCUCGGAUGAACAAAAACGAGAAUGGCUAGAGCCUUUACUUGAAGGAAAAAUUAGAUCUUGUUACUGUAUGACCGAACCCUAUGUCGCAUCAUCUGAUGCUACUAAUAUGGCGCUGACAAUAACUCGUGACGGCGAUUACUAUAUCGUUAAUGGUCGCAAGUGGUGGAGCAGUGGUGCUGGAGAUCCUAGAUGUAAGAUUGCUAUAGUAAUGGGCCGUACAGGUGGAAAAGAAGUUCAAAAGCACAGAAGUCAUUCUAUGAUAUUGGUUCCUAUGCAAACUCCUGGAGUCAAGAAAUUAAGGGCUCUUACAGUUUUUGGCUAUGAUGAUGCCCCUCAUGGUCAUCUAGAAAUUGAAUUUGACAACGUUCGCGUUCCGGCGUCGAAUAUUAUAUUGGGCGAAGGUCGUGGCUUUGAAAUUUCCCAAGGGCGUUUAGGUCCCGGUAGAAUUCACCACUGCAUGCGUCUCAUAGGCAGAGCGGAACGUGCUUUGUCAUUAAUGUGUGACCGUGUUCAGAAUCGUGUAGCUUUUAACAAGAAAUUAGCGGAAAUGAAUACCAUUCAACAUCACAUCGCACGGUCCAGGCAAGAAAUUGAACAAGCGAGACUGUUAACACUUAAGGCUGCUCGCCUGAUUGACCUCAAAGGAACUAAAGCUGCACGCAAAGAAAUUGCUAUGAUUAAAGUUGUCGCUCCCAACAUGUGUAGUGAAGUAGUUGAUCGAGCAAUCCAAGCAUUUGGUGGUGCCGGGGUAUGUCAAGAUACUAUCCUACCAUACUACUAUGUAGCCGGUCGUACGCUUCGAAUCGCUGAUGGUCCUGAUGAGGUUCACCUCACUUCAGUUGCAAAAUUAGAAUUACGAGAGCAAACAAAAGCAAAAUUAUAA